CCAGGUAACCCAGCACUGUGACCGAGGACACCCAGGCAGAGAGUGGGUCAGCAAGGUAUGGGAAGGCACCACCACCAAUAAGAGGUUAGAGAAGACACGCUUCUCUGCACCAGAAAGGACAGAAAGAGGCUGAUAUAGACUCCAGAAAUUGAAGCUUAAAUUAUUUCACAGCCAUGACACACCAUUUCAGAGUUAACUUUAAAACCACGAUUCUCCUGGUUAUCCUGCAGGGGGCAGUAGUGGUGCUGUUCUACAGCUGGUAUGCCAGUGUUAGCCCCCAUCACUCUGCUCCCCCUGAAGGCAAAGUUCACAUUUUGCUGCUGUCAUCAUGGCGAUCAGGUUCAUCCUUCAUGGGUCAGGUUUUCAGUCAGCACCCGUCUGUUUUCUAUCUCAUGGAGCCUGCUUGGCACGUGUGGAUUAAAAAUCACAAAUCUGGUGCAUCGGUUCUCCGAGUGUCUGUGAGGGAUCUGCUGUGGAGUUUAUACAAGUGUGACUUCUCAGUGAUGAAUGCUUAUCUACCAGAAAACCCUCAUCUGUCCUCCUUGUUCAUGUGGGCUCGGAGUCAGGCACUGUGCUCCCCACCGGCCUGUACCGUCAAAUCAGCCAAUGAGACUCAGUGCCACCAAGAGUGUCACACUCAAAGUCUGAAGAAAGCAGAGGAGGCCUGCCACACAUACACUCAUGUGGUUUUAAAAGAAACACGUUUUUUUGAGCUGGAGUCCCUUUACCCCCUCCUGCAAGACCCAAACCUAAACCUCCGUGUAGUUCAUCUUGUCCGAGACCCUCGGGCGGUGAUGCAGUCUAGGGAGCAGUCGGCCUAUCUCCUCCACAGUGACAGUGCUAUAGUGUUGGAGCAGAGAAACGUGCCUGAUGCUGAGAAGCAGUAUAAAGUUAUACAAGAAAUCUGCCGCAGUCACCUCCACAUUUAUGGGAGAGCGAUCUUCGACCCACCUCCGUUUCUGGAAGGUUGCUACAAACUGGUCCGCUUUGAGGAUGUGGCACGAAACCCACUAACAGAAUUAAAUAAUAUUUAUGAGUUUGCAGGUUUAAAGAUGACCUCCGAGGUGGAGGAAUGGAUCCACAACAUGACCCACGGAAAGGGGAAAGGUUCCUGGAAUGAAGCUUUUAAAAUUACCUCCAGAAAUGCAGCUGAAGUGUCCCAGGCUUGGCGGACCGUGCUGCCGCACAGCAAGGUCAGACGCAUUCAGGAAGUGUGUAAAGGGGCCAUGUUGCUGCUCGGCUACAGAACAGUUGACAGUGAAGAAGAACAGAAAAGACUCGAUAUAGAUCUGUCGGUCCCUGGGGAACCAUAAAGAGUUGAACUGAAACCCUUAACCCAGGUUAUGUUAUAAUCCUCGGGUGUUUGUGCUUUGGUUUUCAUUUGUGUUUGUGUUUUCAUCAGUUCCUAUUGUUUAUGAUCAUAUAAGUCUUGCAAUA